AUGGAGGACACCGCAAAGCUCACCGACCCCGCGGAGGAUCGUCGUCGAGACAAUUCCAGCCAGAAGGGCGAAUCGAAACGCAGAAACGGCUCAGCCGGCGGCGUGGAGUCGUCGAGACGACGCCAGGAGUUCGGGGACGACGAGUGCAGCACGGACAGCGGAUGCAGCAGCGCCGGAAGCGCCGAAAAGCUGUCGCGUCGCGGAAGCGGCGAACGCCUCUGCCGCGCCACAAGGUUCUCCAGGACGCAUUGCUACCUGGACAGACUCUGGGGACGACCGGCUCACUCCCAGGAACGAGUGUCCAGCGUUCAGAGGAGCUCUGAACGCGUUCGAGCCAAGUCGUCCUCCUCUUGGAGCCCCGGGGACGUCAGAGGCAACCUGAGGACCAACGAGUCGCACUCAUACUGCCCCAGCCCAUCGGACGCUCAAAGCAGCAGCGACAGCGAAUCCCUCAAGAAGUCCUUCACCGCCGACACCCUACGCAGAGCGUUCCGAACGUUCAAGAUAACCUCCAAGUGGGAGGGUAAGGAGAACAAGCGCGCGAAGAAGAGCCCCAAGAAAAUCUUACGCAGCCCAGUCUCCUACACGUACGUUCGCGGACUUUCCGGCCUGGCAACCCAGAGGGUUCCAAGGAACGUAGGUCAACAAUUGGCGGUCCCUUAUUCCAGCCAAGACUACGUCGGCCUCUAUCGAUAG